AUGGCCAGGUUAUCCAUCGGUGCUAAUCUUCCGGUGUUGCUCACGGUAAAGAAGGCCAUCGCUCUUCCUGACACGUCUGAUCUAUGUGAGUUAACGCCGCGAUUCCCCUCCCACCGUGACGCUCCGUUCAUCCCGACGUACCUGCAGCAGCUCUACACUUACAGCACAAAACCGCAGCAGGAGGAGUCAGACGAGCAGGAGGAGUCAGACGUACAGGAGGAGUCAGAGGUACAGGAGGAGUCAGACGAGCAGGAGGAGUCAGACGUACAGGAGGAGUCAGAGGUACAGGAGGAGUCAGACGAGCAGGAGGAGUCAGACGUACAGGAGGAGUCAGACGCACAGGAGGAGUCAGACGUACAGGAGGAGUCAGACGAGCAGGAGGAGUCAGACGCACAGGAGGAGUCAGACGUACAGGAGGAGUCAGACGCACAGGAGGAGUCAGACGUACAGGGGGAGUCAGACGUACAGGAGGAGUCAGACGUACAGGAGGAGUCAGACGCACAGGAGGAGUCAGACGUACAGAGGGAGUCAGACGUACAGGAGGAGUCAGACGCACAGGAGGAGUCAGACGCACAGGAGGAGUCAGACGUGCAGGAGGAGUCAGACGCGCAGGGGGAGUCAGACGCGCAGGAGGAGUCAGACGCGCAGGAGGAGUCAGACGCACAGGAGGAGUCAGACGCACAGGAGGAGUCAGACGUACAGAGGGAGUCAGACGUACAGGAGGAGUCAGACGUACAGGAGGAUUCACACAUGCACUAG